GUGAGGUGAUAAAGAAUAUAAACAGUAUAGACUUAUUCAGAAGCGGUAUUUAUGAAUUAAUGUUUGAUGCUGCUGAAAGAGGGAACUCCGAGCUCUUUCCGAGGCUGUGGAAAGCAAAUCCAGAGCUGUUGUGGAGAGUGAAUUCAAAUAAAAAGACUAUAUUCCAGGUUGCUGUUGAAUGUCGUCAGGAAAAAGUUUACAGCCUUAUAUAUGGGUUAACAGCGGAUCACAAAAAAGUGAUUGCAAAUGCUGCAGAUGAUAAGAACAAUAGCGUAGUACAUCUUGCAGCAGUGUUGUCCCCAUCAGCAAAGCUCGAUCAUAUCUCGGGUGGAGCAUUACACAUGCAAAGAGAAUUGCAAUGGUUUAAGGAGCUGGAGUCUUUAAGUCCCUUGUGUCUUGAAUAUUCGAAUACUGAUGAGAAGAAACCUGGCGAACUAUUCACCGAAAGCCACAAGGAAUUGAUGAAGGAAGGAGAAAUGUGGAUGAAAGACACUGCAACCUCUUGUACAGUUGUAGGCGGACUUAUCAUUACCAUGAUGUUUGCCACAGCAUUUGCAAUUCCUGGCGGAAACAAUGGAGAUACUGGCCUUCCCAUUUUCAUAGAAUAUAAGUUAUUUAUGGUUUUUAUAAUUUCAGCUGCUGUGUCACUCUUUUCAUCGACAACUUCUGUGCUAAUGUUUUUGGGAAUUCUCAUUACCACCUUUUUAUCUCUAUAG